AUGUGGGUCAAACCUGGUGACAUUCUAUGUGCCGACGAGGAAGACGGAGCCAUUGUGGUGAUACCCCAACAAAGACUGCGAGCUGUGGUUGAUUUGCUGCCCAUUCUCAAGAGUGCAAGUGAUGGCGUCCUGGAAGAUGUGCGGAACGGUCUCAGCUUGCCGGAGGCGGUGCAGCGACAUCCAGAUUUCUACAGCAACUACAAAUGA